AAGUUGCAGUGCAAAUGAUUAAUGAUAAGUUGACUGAUUUUCAAUCUAAAAAAUCUUUCUUGAAAAGAAGUAAUGAGGAAACGAAUUCUGUUGAUGAAAUAAAACGACAGUGUAUCCAAAAAGAUACCUCAUUUGAACUUUUAACGAAAGAAAGUCUAGAUAAUGAAGAGAAUUUGAUUGUAGGAAACUUUAAUGUUAGAGAGUCUCUCAUUAAUUGGAAAUUGAGAAAUAAUCCACCUUGUGAUGACCUUGCAUAUUACGACAUAUUAGACCUCACUCCAGGCAGCAAUAGUGAUUUCGUCAAAAAUUACAUGCCAACGGAAGUAUACAAAAAGCUUACGCGUGAACAAAAACCUCAACAGAAAGAAUACAAUGAAAUAAAGCAUCAUAUUAAUAAUAUGAUAAAGGUUUCUGAUUUCAAAAAAUCAGUCGUUGAUCAUUAUUUACCAACUCGUGGUGAUGAAGAGAAGGAAUUUUUAUGGAAAGACUUUGACCUAAAAAAGGAUGAUAAAAAAAAUCGUAGCAAUGGUCGCAAAAUAGAUAUUGUCUGGGCCACUAAGCCCUUAAAAAUAGAAUUUGCUAUUGCAGAGAUAAGCGGACCUCCAAAUGAACACCAACACUUUCAUUAUUUUAAUGAUAAAAUCAAAAUAGCAAAGAUUUUUACGGCUUACAAAUCUACAGUGAGAAUUUAUUAUGCUAUAAUAUUUUGCUUGAUAAAUAGUGCUAAUCUUGAAUAA